AUGCUCAUCUACUUUUCUCUUUUGUGUCUUUUGUCGACAACUCUUGCUCAGAUAUGCCCUGAUGGAAUUCCGGCAGCAUUUGGUAAGUGUUAAACAAUAAGACUUCUUGUACUUGCAGAAUGCGUCAAGAAGAGCGGGCAGUACAAGUGCACAGGAGACAGCUCUCUGGGAUGCGAACAGAUAAAUGGAGUCCAUUUUUGCUGUAAGUUUCUUUUCCGAUAGCGAAAAAACUAUUCCAGGUGCCGUUGAUCCCAGUAAAAAGCCAGCAGUCAUAACAUCUAAGGUUGAAAAGAGCGAGAAGAACGAGACGGACACAGAAAAAGAGUCAAAGGGAACCAGAACCACCAGUAGUCCCGAUUGUUAUGACAAAGGACCUGACUGUAAUCGACUCAAAUAUCUCUGUGAUAACAAUAAUUACAAAGACAUCAUGGCUGACCAAUGUCCAGUUGCUUGUGGAAUUUGUGAAGACACGAAUAGAGAAGCAGAAGGAGAAGAUAAAGAAUGCACUGAUAAUGGCAACGACUGCCCGAAACUGAAAUAUCUCUGCGACAAUUCAGUAGGUAGAAGCGGCGCUAUUGCGCGCUACGACAUUUCGGGUCAGGGACAACUCGGGUCGCGACACUUCGGGUCAACGACAUUUCGGGUCAACGAUACCGUUUAAUAUUUUCGCUUCGGGACUGGGAAAAAGGAUUUUUUCAAGAAUUUGAACAAAUUUUUGAAAUGUUUUCGCUUCGAGACUUAAGAGAAGGAAUUUUUUGGAGAAUUUGAACAAAAUUUGGAAAUUUUUUCGCUUCGGGACUUGGGAUAAAGGAUUUUUUGGAGAAUUUGAUUUUUAAGAAUCCCGUGCUUCCAGCUAAAAACAUAAACAAUGGAUACGAUUUUCUUAUUUGCUUGUCGCUUACAAACACUUCUUAAAAAAAUUAUAAAAUAAAUUUCAAUUCUCGAAAAAAUGCUUUUUUCCAAGUCCCGAGGCGAAAACAUUUCAAAAAUUUUUUCAAAUUCACCAAAUAAUUCUUUUUUCCCAGACCCGAAGCGAAAAUAAUAAACGGUAUCGUUGACCGGAAUGUCGUUGACCCGAGGUGUCGUUAACCCGAAGUGUCGCGGGUAGAAGCUCACUCAAGCCGUGUAUUUUACAGGUUUACCGUGCUUUCAUGAAACAGGAAUGCCCAAAGACGUGCAAAACGUGCUAA